AUUACUUCGAAUCCCGGUAAACCCACCUGAAACAAUCAAAGCCCGCCCGUCACACAUGAUCCGAUCAAUGGAAAGGUACAGAAAAAGGAAGAAACGAAGGUUGAAGAAAGACAACAAUGAUCACCAAAACGACGAGGUUCAAUCAUCCAAAAACCUUCCUCUCUCCCUUGUAGAAUUACCUCAAGAGCUCGUCUUUUCUGAAAUCCUCACAAGAUUACCAGUAAAUUCCUUAACCCGUUUCAAAUCUGUGUCAAAAACAUGGAAUUCUAUAUUUUCAACCCCUUAUUUCAUCAAAUCUCAUAUAAAAUGCACUAAUUCAAACCCAUUUGUGUCUACAAAAUGUGUCUUUAUUAAAUCUGAUUAUUACUUUUACAUUCUUAAUUAUGGUGCAUAUGAUAAAUACCCAGAUGAUAAUCACGGAGAAAAGGGUUUAACUUUGAUAAAAAGUCUCCAUUUUUAUGAUAAUGGUGUUAAUACUUUUUUGAUUGGUUCAUGUAAUGGGUUGAUAUGCUUUGGGCGUGGCAAUAAAUUUAAUGGUUUCGAUUAUUACUUUCAUGUUUAUAAUCCAAUUAUGGGUAAAUCUCUACAUGUAUUUGAUCCUUGAGGGAAUUUUCAAGGGAAAUUGAUAUAUGGGUUUGGCUUUGUUUCUUUUAAAGAUGAUUAUGUGUUGUUUGUUGGGGGUCUUCAAAGGGGGAGUUUAAAGACUUUUGUGUAUGUUUAUUCAUUAAGGUCCAAAUUAUGGAAGAAAAUUGGUGCAUUUGAUGAAAGCGAGCUUUCAAUUUUGAUGGGUGGUAAAGGAGUUUUGGUGAAUGAGACAUUGCAUUGGAAUAUGACCCGAAUUCGAACAUCGAAUGCUAGGUUUAUAACCGGAUUUGAUUUAGUGAAUGAGACCUUCAAGGAUGUGAAGAUGCCUAAACAAUUUUUGGAUAAUGCUGAUCUUUUGGAAUUUAGAUUGAGUGAAAUGGGUGGGAAUUUGUGUGUUUGGGAUGAAGAUAUCUAUGGAAAGGUUGAAAUUUGGAUGUUAAUGCAAUAUGGGGCGUGGGAUUCUUGGACAAAACUCUUCAAAAUUGAUACAAUUCUGGGUUUGCACAAUUUCUAUGGAUGUAUAGAGAAUGGGAAAGUUUUGGUGCAGACAAAUGAUGGUAGUCUCUUGCUUACUGAUCUGGAUCAAGAUUUGUCAAAAUCUAUCUCAUUAGUGAAAAAUUUGGGUGAUAUUGAGGUACUGAGCUAUAUUAGGACUCUUGUUUCACCUUUCCUAUGAAUGUUUGUAUGUCUAAAAAACGGGACUAGUACGAACGAGUGACAUGAGACAAGGGGCGGAUCUACGUGUUGUUAAUGCUGUCAACUGACAGCAUUUAACUUAUGUAUACAAUCAUAUAACUAGAGAUACUAAUAUAUGUUGGUUAAGUUGGUAUGAGUUUUGAUAUGUGUUAAUGCUGUAUGAGACUGGUAUAUUUGUUAUUUCUCUGUUGAUUUUUU